AUACAAGUACAACGGCAAGAUGGCGGUAAAUCGACUCCGCAGUGCACUGGCGGUGCCUCGCAAGGGCGAGACGUACGAGCUUCGUGCUGGUCUGGUGUCGCAAUACGCCUACGAGCGCAAAGAGUCCAUCCAGAAGACCAUCAUGGCCAUGACGCUAGGAAAGGACGUGUCUGCUCUGUUCCCCGAUGUGCUCAAGAACAUAGCCACUGGUGAUCUGGACCAGAAGAAGCUCGUCUACCUAUACCUCAUGAACUACGCCAAAAGUCACCCCGACCUCUGUAUCCUGGCUGUCAACACUUUCGUACAAGACUCAGAAGACCCGAACCCUCUGGUCAGAGCACUGGCUAUCCGCACUAUGGGUUGCAUCCGAGUCGAUAAGAUGGUCGAUUACAUGGAGGAGCCGCUACGGAAGACGUUACGAGACGAGAGUCCCUAUGUGCGCAAGACUGCUGCUUUGUGUGUGGCCAAGCUGUUCGAUCUCAACCCGUCCAUGUGUCUGGAGAACGGAUUCUUGGAGACGUUGCAGGAGAUGAUUAGUGAUUCGAACCCUAUGGUUGUCGCCAACUGUGUCACCGCACUCGUCGAGAUAGGAGAGGCAGCUCCCGAGACCAACGCCUUGAUCGUGACGCCUCAGACAUUGAAGAAGCUCCUACUCGCCCUCAACGAGUGCACCGAGUGGGGUCGCAUCACCAUUCUGUCCACCCUGGCCGAUUACAAGCCCACCGAGCAGAAGGAAGCUGAGCACAUCUGUGAGCGCGUUGUGCCACAAUUCCAACAUGCCAACCCUAGUGUUGUUCUGGCUGCUGUAAAGUGUGUCUUCUUGCACAUGCAAAACAUCAACCCUGAGCUCGGUAGAACCUACGCUAAGAAGAUGGCUCCUCCANNCUUGAACCUGCCUUGCAUCGCUGACACGGCCCCCGCAGUCACACUCGUAUCCUCUCAACCCGAAGUCCAAUACGUCGCUCUGCGCAACAUCGACCUCCUACUCCAGAAGCAGCCCUCACUCCUGUCCAAGGAGAUGCGCGUCUUCUUCUGCAAGUACAACGACCCGCCGUAUCUCAAAUUCCAAAAGCUCCAGAUCAUGGUUCGCAUCGCCAACGACUCAAACGUAGAACAGCUGCUUGCCGAAUUGAAAGAGUAUGCUAUGGAGGUCGAUAUGGACUUCGUUAGAAGAGCCAUCAAAGCCAUUGGUCAGGUUGCCAUUAAAAUUGAAAACGCCUGCGAGAAGGCUGUCAACGUCUUGCUUGAACUUAUCAACACCAAGCAAGCAUACGUUGUGCAAGAAGUCGUGGUCGUCAUCAAGGACAUUUUCAGAAAAUACCCUGGUUAUGAGGGCAUCAUCCCUACACUAUGCCAAUGUAUCGACGACUUGGACGAGCCGACUGCAAGAGGCGCCUUGAUCUGGAUCGUUGGUGAGUAUGCUGAGAAGAUCAGUAAUGCUGGUGAUAUUCUAUCUGGCUUCGUCGAUGGUUUCGCGGAAGAAUUUACUCAGACGCAAUUGCAAAUCUUGACUGCCGUGGUCAAACUCUUCCUGAAGAAGCCUGACCAAGCUCAAGGGCUGGUCCAGAAGGUUCUCCAGACCGCGACUGUAGAGUGCGACAAUCCAGAUAUCCGUGACAGAGCAUACGUCUAUUGGCGACUGUUGUCGAGUGAUCCUCAGAUCGCAAAGAACAUUGUCCUCGCACAACGACCAGCCAUCACCUCAACAAUCUCAACAUUGCCGAUACCGCUGCUCGACUCGCUCAUGCCAGACCUCUCGACGCUCGCAUCGGUCUACCACAAGCCGCCACAAACCUUCCUUGGCCAAGGCCGAUCAUCUGCCAACGCCCUGCAACAAGCAGCCAUUGAAGAGGCGGCUCAAAACGCGCGCGAGAACCCAUUGGCCGCUGCAGCUGCUGCGGCCGCUGUCUCAGGACAAGGCAGCACUGUCCAAAGUCAUGCCGAGAACCUACUCGACAUUGACUUCGAUGGUGCCGCACCAGCAAGUAUGCAAAAGGCACCUCCGGGUGGCUCGUCAGGCCUUGAAGGACUUGCCGGUACACCCAUGCGUGUUGCCAGCCCAACGACUAACGAACCUAUCGGUGGCGGCAUGGAAGACCUCAUGGGUAUCUUUGGCUCUUCGGGUGGUGCUUCUGCCGCACCUGCCGCAGGAAACUCUGGCUCUGACGACUUGAUGAAUGGAUUCGCGAGCUUGAACAUGGAGGCUUCGCAACCGCCGCCACCACAAACACAGCUGCAAAGUGGAGGUGGCAACAAAGCCAACGAAGACAUUCUUGAUGUCAGAGUAGGUGAUCGCCUCGGACACCCGAGACCAUUCGGAUAUAUCCCGGAAAUAACGAGCCCGAAAGAGGCUGACAUGAAUUUCCAACCACCAAGUAGGAUCAUUCCUACUCGUUUCAAAUCACAACAGUUUUCACGCACCAUGACUUCGAUAAAUUCAAUCCAAUCACUGGUCCUGGAUCUACCUCCAAGCUGUAUCGAGUUUUGUGCUACAGCUCGUGACUAUUUUGUCGUCGGCACAUAUUACCUGGAAAAGAAAGAGCAGGAUGCUAGUGCAGAACAUACUGCAGAAGCUGAAGACGAGAAGAGUAGGGAAGCAAACAAGAAACCACAAACCAGAACUGGUUCAUUGGUUCUGUUCAAGGUUGAGGGUGAUGAAAGAAGGAAAGGAAAGACAGCAGCACAGCAAGCAAAGCUUGAUACUCAUUACCACAAACAUUUCCACCCCAAGACCAAAACUCUCACACUAAAACCCUCUCCUUCUAGAAAACAAAUCUCAACGACAGAAACACCUUAUGCAAUCCUCGACAUUCACUUUUCACCCCACGACCCUUCGCUUCUAGCUGUUGCAGCAUCAACAGGAUGUCUCCAACUCUUCCGCUUCUCUGCUUCUUCUUCCUCUCUAGAACCCCUCUCAACCUAUCAAUUCUUCUCGCCAGAGAUACUGGUCUUGUCACUAGCUUGGCAUCCCGUUGAUGCCAACAUCCUAGGAGUAACGACAUCUUCAGGAGGCGUCUAUACCGUCGACAUCUCCGUCCCCCAUCAAGAAGCAGAGAACUCGGGAACAGAAGUCCUCGUCCAUGAUCUAGAAGCCUGGACUUUAUCCUUUUCUCCCAUAGGCAAAGAAGUCUACUCAGGAGGCGACGAUGCAACUUUACGUUUCUCUACUCUUCCUCCUAGCACAUCCACCUCAGAAGACGACAACGAGCCCUUCCUUCCCUCGCAAUGGCAAGACCGUCGCGCCCACAACGCAGGCGUAACCGCUAUCCUCCCUCUAGCCUCGGAGACCAACAUCACGAUAACAGGCAGCUACGACGAUCACAUCCGCGUCCUUUCCACCCCCGUCAUCGGCAGAAAACAAGUCCUCGCCGAAGAAAACCUCGACGGCGGUGUCUGGCGUCUCAAACUUCUAAAGUCUUGUCCGCAAGAAGGUAAAUAUUAUAUUCUGGCGUCGUGUAUGCAUGCAGGUGCUAGAGUUGUUGCUGUUACGAAGGACGAAAAUCAAGGGUGGGAUAUUGAGGUGUUGGUCAGGUUCGAGGAGCACAAGAGUAUGAAUUAUGGCAGUGAUGUGCAGCCGGGAACGGAGAAGGAAGGUGAGCAGACGAUUGUUUCGACGAGCUUCUAUGACAAGCUCUUGUGUUUGUGGAGUUUUCAUUUGGAU